UGCCGUCAUUCCAGCCAGUUUUCUGCACGUGCUCCAUACAUAUCGCAGUGGCCAGUAUGCUAUAACAGAUAAUUAACUACUUUUAUUCUCAAUACUUACUGGUUACUGCAGACAAAGUCCGGCACUUUAUAUCUGACCAGUCUGCAGGUUUAAAUUUUUCCCAGAUACCCACCAGCGAGACAUGAAAUCCAGUAAAACCCUUGGACAUCCUCAUCAGGGUCAAAUCCUUAGCGAACUGAACCUAAUUAUAAAAUAUGGUGAUCGGCCUAAACUGCGCGUGGACAAAGAAACAGUGGAUGUCCACAUUCCACCGGGCAAUUCAAAAUUAUGGCCGGAACCGCCUUCGAUAACCCUUCGUGGGCUCGCGAUCACACUAAGACCCGUACAGGACAAUUGGAAAAUUGACGGACGGCUCAAGGAUUCAGCAAAUGGCAGCUGCCAGUUCGUAAUCCACGUUGAUGACACAAGAGUAACGGUUUCGAGUAUUGAUGCUACAGUUGAGAACUUUUCUCUGACCGCACCGUCGAUCGCUACCAGAGGGAUCGUCCGCGGACGAAAUCUAGCACUUUACUCUGCUGAUGGUUCUGUAAGAAUCGAGAAAGCGGUCCACUGCAACAGGUUAAUCGCGCACGGCGGAAAGUACAAUGUACGCUUGACAACCGAAAGCAUCGUCGACUGCGAACAUUUCACGGCUUCGGGCAAGAAAUUAGUAAUCGAUGGCAAACUGUUCUCGAAAACCAAACAUAUUGACCUGGAUGUAACAGUCGACCAAUGUCACAUCGGCGUGGAUGGCGCCAUUGGUUCCAAAAAGGAAAAUGCUUUGAACCAAAAAAAGAGAAAAGAAGUGCUGGUGGAUACCAUAAAAGGAAUAAUCCGGGGACACAUCAGUAAUUUUGGUACUAUUGUGGCUCGCAAAGAAUUACAACUCGAAAUAACCGGAAGCAUCUUGUCUUUGGUGAAUAACACUGACGACUCAGCGCACCGAGGUUAUAAAGCAAUUAAGAAUUUAAAACGAGUUGGAGCACCAACGGAUUCGUCACUGCAGCCUACCAGUAGCGCAUUGCUUGGAGCGAUCAACGAGGAAAGCCCGGAAAAGGUAGCAAAGCUGUUGGAAAGGUAUGUCGAUCCAAAUGAGACCAUGGUCGACCAGCAGUCUAAGAAUUUAAUAACACCAGCGCAGACAGCAAUACGCGAAUGGUUCAAGCACUUGCGAGACGAGGCUCAGAGACCGGAUCGCCCGGAGAAGAUUACGACCAUUAAAGCGCUUUUUGAAACUAUGGACUGGCGACGAGGGAUUAUCAAAUCGCAGAAUUUGGAUUUAAGGAUUGAUGGAGAUGUGCAUGACUGUGCGCAGAUGAGAGCAACGACAAGUUUAAAGGUCACAAUGACCGGAACUGCCGUAUGUGAGCACGAUUCAAUCUGGUCGACUGGUGGUAUCACAGAAAUAACAAUCGGGAAAAAUCUGGUUCUCUACGGACAAGUGAAAUUUAACAAAGCGUUCAUAAAGGUCACGGAAGAUGUGCUGUGCCAAUCGACCGCAAUUGUCGCUGUUACCGAUCACGCUAAAGUGUGCAGCAAUAAUUUUCGGUGUUCGGGACAGUGGUUUACGGACGAAGCGCUGCAGUUACAGUUGCAAGGCUCGGCAGUUUUUCACCACGAGUCGUUUUUAUUUGCCGGCCUGUUGCGAAUGGAAGCGAAACAACAAUGUCAAAUUUACGGUCAGUGGAUGUUGAACGAAAUGGACGCUUACAUCGGCGGGUCCUUUUUAACUGGACCUCAGGCAGCUGUGAAAAUCGAAAACAACGGGUCAGUUGUCUGCAAGCAUUACCGAAAUGAGAAUCAGCUGACCGUUGGGAAGGAUAUGCAGAUUGUCACGGAAAAGCUGGAGCAAGCCAAGGCAGGAGUUACGCAGGUUGCCAUUCAGUUAAUUGCUACAGUCCUUGCUGAUUCGGAUGAAAACUGGGAUGGUUUGACUGUAACUGACUCGUUACUCGUUAAAAUGACUCAUCGGCUCAACAGUCACGGACUGAUCAAAACCAAACUUGCCACCGUGCAUUUAUUUUCUGAAACGGAGUCCCAGUUUGUCCUAAGCGGCGAAAUGUCUGUGGACAGCGGGCCAUUAAUGGUCGUCGUCCAGAAGGAAAAACAACCGACCCUUGACAAUUUUAACCCACACCCGGGAUUUAUCGUGCGGGGAAUAUUGGCAGCGAGCGAACUUCGUGUCGUUUGCAACAGCAUCAUCGAGAACAGUGGGACAAUCAUGGCGCAAAGCUUACUCUCCAUUUUAACGAUCGGAAUCAACAACGGAAAGGGUCUUUUACAUGCACCCAACAUUUCCCUGGAGUAUCUCUGCAACCCGAAUACUGAAUUGUCUGGAAAGGUCAGCGCGCCCUUUAAUCUGCUGAUCAACGCUGCUAAUGCCACAGAUUUUCAGUUGGCGUGCACUACACCGGAAAACGAAGUUCUGAUGCUUCCACAAAAGCAGUUGUUAAUCAAAUCCUCAAACUUCUCGAAAUUAAGGAUUCCGAUCCAAUGGAGCAAAUCGACCCAGCCAACUACAACAUUUAUUUUUGACGGGCAAGUCAUUAUCGAUGCGGCAGUAAGCCUAGCCAGCUGCAAAGUAAAGGUCAUCAGUAAAGAGUCAAACAAUAACACAGAGAACGCUACUCCGUCGAUUGUGGUAACUGCAAAUGGGUCGCUGCUUAUUCCCCGGCUUAAUGUAACUGGUGCAAUCGAACACGUUGAAUUUGUAAUGGACGGUUCGACCGAAGUAACACAAUUACACGUCGACGAAACUGUUAAAACAUUUCUGUUGAAGGGAACCAGUUUACUACAGUCCCUGGCAUAUGUAAUGGCAAAGAGUGGUGAUUUGCAGUUUGGAACAUUGACGAAUUUCCGCACAGACGAUAUCGACUGUCAGUCAGCAACUGUUCUCAAAGAUGCCGUAGUAACGAUGGAUAGUAUCGAGCGCGAAGCCGUUUUACUUUUAUCAGCACAAACAAUAAAUAUCGCUGGCACAGUAAACAUCAAGCGCAAACUGUACCUAUCUGCAGCAGAUGAGAGCAAACAGCCGUCCGUAGUCGUCGAAGGGACUAUUGAGGGAGCGGUAGAGAAUGCGUCGGCCACUUUACGAGUCGAGACGUUGUCCGUAUCGGGGAUCAUUGGAAAACUGCAGUUUUGCGAAUUAGUAGCUCGAGGAAGUUUGGAAGUUCUGCCGACUGGAAAAUUUCAGGCAAUCGAAAACCUGGAAGCGGAUGCAGAAUGGAUGACCUGGAAAGGGGAAGUCAGCCACUGCAAAAAAGCCUCCUUGACUGGAUGGGGACUGUUGUGUACCGGGCGGCUGAACGAUGCUAUCGACGAAAUCGCAGUUCACUCGAAUUUAGUCUUUGCCAACAUAGGUCAGUUGGGGGCACCGCUGAUGACUUUUGCAUCGCCAUUUAUUUUUAACAUAUCGCUGACGGGAGAUGCCGCUGCAAUGGGAAGCAAUCCUAAUCAGGGCGUGCUCGACAUAAAGUCGCUUGUGUGCUUGUGUUCGGGAAGCCAGAUGUCGGCCGAAAGCAUUCAGAAUACAUCGGUGCUGUUGUUUAAAUUCAGUACGCUAACCCAAGCGGAAACUCCGAGUAAGGAUCAGCUGGAGAAUUGGAAAAAAACCGUUGAAGCUUUGAAUCAAAAUUUUACAACGAGAUCAUCAUCUGCGUCGCUGGGCGAUAUUCAGCGAUCGAUCCAAUCAGUUUCGGCUUCAACGGGACGGACAGAAAUCGAGUUGCGAGAUGUUGUGAAACUGUACGCAGGAACCCGGGAUAUUGUUUACAAAAUGAACACUAGCGGUAUUCAGACGUUCGACGUACCGGAACUAGUCGGAAAACUGAUGGAAGCCAAUAGCUAUUUCCAGAACAUUUCAUCUAUUAAAGAGCGAUUGCUACAGGUACCAAAGCUGGCCCGGGAAUUGUACAACAAGGGUAUCAGAAAACUCAAAUCACUGCACGAGCAAUUCGGGUUUACUGGAAUUAAAGCGGCGGAUCCGACGAAGAAAGGAGUGCAGGAAAGUGGAAUGUGGGCUUAUCAUUCCGGUGUCAUGACGACUGGAGCGGGGUAUACGGCUAUGUUUGUCGAAUCGUGGGUGAAUGAUGGAACAGUGUCGUCGAGCGCUGGAGAUAUUGCAAUCAGCGGGAGCAAAUUGAUCAAACAGUCCGCGGCUGGACGCAUGCUUAGUGCGUACGGCUCGGUGUUUAUGGAUGCAGAGGAUGCGGAUGUCAGUAACAUUAGCGCUGCCAAGAUGCUACUGUUGGAAGUGGAUAAAUCCCUUAAAGCUAACAAUAUCUUGAACGCCAAACUAGCAAAGUUAACUUCAAAAUCCGGCGACGUGAGUCUGUCGAGAGCAAAAACAGACACUGUGCUGUUGUCGGGGGCGAAAAUUGAUGCGCAAGACGUGAAUGCCGAAGAAUUAGAAGCAAAGGCAAAGGGCGACAUCGGACUUGUUGGUGUAAAAGGAGGAAACAUUUUCGCGUCUUCCGAAGAAGGAUCUAUUAGCGCCACUGGCGUCAAAGCGAAAACCCUACAGGCUGAGGCAAAGCAGGGUGCAAUAUCCGCAUCGAAAGUGGAUGUUGACAGCUUGAUAGCAGACGCCAAGAAUGAUGUCACCCUAGCAAAGAUCAAAGCGAAAGACCUGGAUGCGAAAAGCCAUGAACAAGCGGUGCGUCUUACCGGCAAAGUUGCUGCUGACAAGGCUACUUUAUCUGGUGCAGCUACGGUACAGCUGGAAUAUGCUGGCGGCAAUGCGGAUCACGAGUUUGAUUCGUUAAAACUGGAGACCAAGAGAAUGCAAAAGGACGAGCUGUUCAAGCUGCUGCAUGGUAGUGGUGCGUUUGCAGCGAUGAAGAUAUCGGAUAAACUCGAUUUAGCCGUUACGGACCAAGCGAUUGUCCUUGGAUCGAUCAAUAAACCAUACGACUUGAGUGUCACAGGAAAAACGGUGGAUGUCAUCGGGAACGUGGCAGCCAAAAAUUUAGCCAUCAGGGCAAAGGACGGAGAUGUCAGUGUAAAGAAAAACGCCAGUCUUGCAGCCAAGAAUGAUUUAACUGUCAAAGCAAAAGGUCACAUCAACAUGGAGGCCGGGUCAAGAGCCAGCGCCAAUCAGGAUGUGAGCAUGGAGUCAGAAGAAAAGUCCAUAACUCUCACCAAUGCUCAUGUGUCCGGUGGCCGUAGCGUCGAAAUGAAGGCAAAGCAGGAUAUUAACAUUCUCGCUGAGAAACACCACGGACAACGGGCGAAAGCCAGCACAGUUACGGGUGGUGCCGGGAAAGCGUAUGGAGACGCUGGGAGAAAAAUGGGACUCCGAAUGGACGCCGGGAACAAUCUAAACGUAAAAGCAUCAAAACUUAAAAGUGAUGCAGACAAUAUAUUGACUGCUGAAAAGGACAUCAAUAUCUUAGCCGAGACGACGGAUUACUCCUCCACCGAAACGAAACGAUCGGGAUUCCUCGGUUACAAAAAAACCACAACGACUACAACUUGGACCGAAGUUGACGGCUCCGACAUCCAGUCUGGCGGCAAGAAUAUAAUGGUGGCAAAAAGCGGCGGGAUUACCAGUAUUGCGUCCAAUAUAAACGCGGCAGAAUCCAACUACUUGAGCGCCCGAAAAGACGUCAAACUCUUGGACAUCGUCACCACCCGUCGUGCCACGACCAAUCAAAGCACGUGGUGGGGACUGCGAAAAUCAACGGAACAUGAUGCACAACAGUUAGGUCACGGAAGCAGUCUGGUCAGUAAAGGUCACGAUCCCAGUACUAUCAUCUCCAAAGAAGGCGACAUCCUGAUCGAAGGGUCCACAGUUAAGGCAGCCGGUGAAAUGAACUUAAUAGCGGAGCAGGGCAAAGUGCAGAUUAAAGAGCGCAUUCUGACCGAUACGAAAUCCAGGGAAUGGUCCGGGUUGACGAUCGGUAUUGGAUCGGUCGGCUACAGAACCGAGGAAUCCAGUUCCACGCAAGAUCGACUGGCUGGCAACAGCUUCAGCGUGGGAAGGCUGAACGUCAAAGCCAAGCAGUUUCACGUGGAAAACAGUAUGAAUUUUGACGUGUCUGACGACAUGGAGAUUGAUGCGGAGGAUGUGAAAUUCACCGGCGCCCACUUGCGGUCACAAUCCAACGAGCACUCUUUCGAAGGGUCUUUUUCCGGUUUAAGUAUGUGUCUUUCGUUUACAGAGGAGACGUCCGCAAAGACAGCGUCCACGUACCAGAACCAGAUCGUAUCCGUUGGCGGUAAGGUCACCUUUAAGAAUGUCAAAAAUCUGGCUAUGCACGAUGCCAAUCUCAGUGCGGACGAAGUUACGGGGGAUAUCGAAAACCUGGACGUGACAUCGAAUCUAUCGACUAGCGAAGAAACCAGCAAAAAGAACACUUUGGACUACAAUUUCGUGAUGGUGAGCGGGCUUCCAGUUCCGAUUCCAGGGUUUGAUAUGAGCGACAGUCAAACAAAGUCCGGGCACGUGGAUCAAAUCUCCGGAAUUCAUGCAAGGAAAUCGCUACGCUCCAGUGAUUUGCGAAUAAAAAAGGCUUUGCUGACCGGCGCUUCGAUCACGUCCGACGCGAACAUUGAAAAUGUUGUUGAGAAAGUUGAAACGAAAGAUGUCGACGAGUAUUUGGACCACAGCGCAAAUUCCUGGGCACUAUCGGUGAAUCCUCAAGUGAACUCGUAUUCCGCGGGUUAUUCUAAAGCGUCCCAUCAACGCAAAGGCAAAGUGCAGGCAACGAUCGCAUCAACAUCAUCGGCCGGAAAAGUGGCGGAAAAGUAUCACUCCGCAGCCAUCAAUCGCAAUGCGCAAGCUAGGCGCAUAGUCACAGAGGAGCACAAGUCCUCCGUCGGUGUCAAGGUGCACGUUAGCCAGACCGGAGCCAUGGUCAAGGUCAACGACGUGGGAGGUGGUCUCAUUCUUGACAAAGGUAAGAUCGAAGCGAAUCUCAGUUGGACUGAUUUCGAAGCCGGUUUCAGCUACGGCGAGAAAGACGGCGCCAGUGCUAGAUUUCGCAUGGGUGAGACGGAUGUAUCUGCGGGAUAUUCUUUGAAAGAUGGUGGUGGACAUGUUAAAGUCAAAACCAGUGAAUUCGAAUACGGCGUCAAAGGUGACAAAACCGGCGGAUCGGUUACAGCCAAGCAUGGGGAUGUCGACAUUAGUGUAGCAGCUGGAAAAGAUGGCGGCUCAGUUAAAACCGUCAUUGGCGGUUCUGGCGUUUCGCUCGGAGCAACGAAAAGCGGGAAGAUUGAUCUUGGUGCACAACACGGGGGAACUGCCGUGGCGCUCGGGUCGGAAAAGUCUGGCGGUUAUUUAAGAGGAUCCCAUGAAGGUGCCGGAUUUGGUGUUUCCAAGAACAGAGACGGCAGUACUUUUAGCGCAAAUGCGGGAGAUUCGCGGAUUGAUGUCAACAGCAACAAUAACGGAAAAUUCAGUGUGGGUGCCGUUAGCGGCACUACCGCUGUGGCCUUUGGUGCGACUGAUUCCGGAAAUUAUGCUUAUCUGAAGCACGGUGACAGCGGUGUCGGUUAUUCAGGUAAUGCGGACGGUGGCGACUUCAGCGCUAAUAUGGGCCAGUCACACUUGAAUAUUAGUGGUAACCGGGACGGUAAACUUAACAUUAACGCUGGAAGUGGAGAUACAGCCAUUAACUUCAGUAAACAAAACGGAGAAAGUUCUCUUUCGGCCAGACACGGCGAUGCCAAUUUGGAUUUGACUGCGAAAGACAGCGGCACGGCAUUUCAUGCCGGAGCAGGUGAUUUUCAUCUCGGUGUUAGCGGCAACAGUGACGGAAAACUGGGGAUAGAUGCAGGCGCCGGCAAAGCAGCUGUUAAAUUCGGAAUUGACCAAUCCGGAUCGUCUCUGACAGCGACACACGGCGAUGCCGAGUUUAAUUUGUCGAAAAAUUCUUCCGGCACCACGCUUGGUGCCAAAGUUGGCGAUAACCACUUUAAUGUUGCGAACCGCGAUGGCAAAUUUGUAAUGGGGGCAAAAAGUGGGAAGACGGCAGUUAAACUUGGUGAUGAUGCCUCCGGACGUUUUCUUUCAGCGUCGCAUGGUGAGGCCCGAAUUGGUUAUUCCAUGAAAGCUUCCGGUUCUGCAUUGGACGUGGGUGUUGGGAAAUCGCACUUGAAGGUUACUGACAGCAACGAGAAAGGUUUAAGCAUGAACGCGGGAUACGACGAAACGGCUGUGACGUUCAACGCCAAUGAUGCGGAGCAUUCUUUGAGCGUUAAACACGAAGGAGCCACUGUUGGUUACUCUACGAAUGCUAGUAGUGGUGCGUCUCUCAAUCUAGCAACAGGGAAAACCAAGGUCGGCAUAAACAACAGCGGUAACGGUCAUUUUGCGGUAAAUGCGGAACACAGCGGUAUGGCUAUUGGAGCGACUAGGAACAAGAACGGAGCUACUCUGCACGGCAGACAUGGAAAUGCCACCGUUGACAUUGCGGCUGAUAAGAACAACGUAACAGGACAGUUGAAAGCGAAUGGAGCACGUUUCAACGCUAAAAGUGACAAGAAUGGAGUUCAAGGAAAUUUCGAAAAGGGUGCCACAACCGUUACCGUGCAUCGGAAUACGCGCGACGGUACCGGUUUUAGAGCGAAAAGCGGAAAUACCGCGCUCGACCUUCAACAAAGCACACGUGGAGCCAUUGGCGCAAGGUUGAAGCACGGUAAUGCAACGGUUGGUUUGACGGCAUCCAAGUCGGCAGGGGCGUUAGCAGCAAAGAAAGGCAAUGUUGGUGUGGCGGCUGUGAAUAAAAAAGGCGCUGAUAAUCGAUUGGACCAAGCAGUGGUUGGGUGUGUAAGCGCUAUAAUAAGCAAAGAAAUCGCGCUGCCUCAAGUCGCCGGUAUGGACACGAAGGUCUCGGGUCUGAUAACAUCGCUGUUGCCAGAAGAAAUGCAAUAUGAUAACCUUGGCGUGAACCUUUUGGAAACCGUCACCACUGCAUUACCAGAUACAAAUAUCCUGGAUAAUGUGGCGGGUACGGCUCUAGACCUCUGUACGGAGCAGCUAGAUGCAACUGAAAGCCGAAUUGAAUCAAAUACCGAAUGGGCGGGAGAAACAGGGCUUGUCAGUCGAACCGACAAUUAAUUAGCGACCGCGGCUAAGUGUCGAUUCUCUCAUAGCCAAAGGAUUACCUGACUGGAUCAGUCCAAGUUCAAGAAAGAAUUCAGCUUUCUCUGCCUUGGAUUUCUAUGCUAUAUAUAGCUGCUAGGAUACCUGCUGAUUGCAGCAUGGCUCUAACCAAACCGAACCUUUUAUACAAACGGAAUAACGUUUUUUAAUUGUAUCAUCUUUUAUUACGUAGCAGAUUAACUGUCAUACAAUUUACAAAUACAACGCAGUCUGAGAA